CUCAACCGCACCCGCUACCCUCGCUGCUCGCCAUCUGCUGAACCACACCACACCACCCUACCUUUCCUCCCCCUCUACUCCUCCCUCCACUGCUCCCCCUCCUUCCCCUCCUCGAGCUCAGCUCCUUCCCUCUCUAGCUCCCACGGAUCUCCCCCAAUGCUUGGCCUCCUCGCGAUCGUCGCGUCCAGGUCGGUUUCUUUGAUCCACGGAUCCUGAAUUGUAGCUUUCUUGGCCGGCGAGCGAUCGAUCGGCUCGGUGGUUAGGUUUGCUCUUUUGCUGCCAUGGAUGCGGUGGCGGUGCUCUCCGGUGGUGCUGGGAGUGGGAUGCGUCGGUGUAGGGUGUGCGGGAAGGGGUUCUCGUGCGGGCGGUCGCUGGGCGGGCACAUGCGGUCGCAUGUCACGUUUGGGGACGCGGUGGCGGAGGCUGAUGGUGGUGGUGGUGGUGGUGGCGGUGGCGGUGACGGUGACGGUGAGGUGAAUGGUGGGAGGUGCUCUAAUGGCGUGGUGGGGUAUGGGCUGAGGGAGAAUCCCAAGAAGACGAGGCGGCUGUCGGAGUUUGAUGAGGAGGAUGAGGUGGUGGAGGAGGGUGGCGAUGGCGGCGAGCUCAUGGCGUGCCGGGAGUGCGGGAAGCUGUUCUCGACGUGGCGCUCUCUGGUCGGGCACAUGCGGCGCCAUGCAUCCGGCGGGAGGGAUCGUGGGGACGAGGACGAUGAGUUCGAUGGCCCGGAGGCAGAGGAGGAGGAGGAGGUUAUGGUGGCGCCGGCGGCGGUGACUGUGAUCGCCGCGCCGCCGAGGCGGAGACGGCGGUCGAUGCGCGUGGCGGCGCCGGCACCAGCGCCACCGCCGGUGCCGGGCGGCGGGUUUGAGAAGGAGCAGGAGGACGUCGCGCUCUGCCUCCUCAUGCUCUCGCGCGACACCGGCAUGUGGCGGUCGCCGGUCAAGGCCGUCGAGCCGUUCGAGAUGGUGGAGCAGAAGAAGAAGAAGGCGACGGCGAAACAGCCGCCGCCCAUCCCAAGAAACGGCUAUGGCUACAACUCCGAUGAGGAUUCAGCUCUGCUCCAGUGCGGUGAUGCCAAGACCAAUAACACCGGCCGCGGCGGCGGCGACGUCGCGAAGUGCAGGAAGCGAAGGGCUAGCUACUACGCUCCCAAUUCCAUCUCACCGAAGCAGCAGCAGCAGCAACGCGCGGCGGCGCCGGCGAAGCGCACGCGGUACGAGUGCCCGGGGUGCGGCAAGGUGUUCAGCUCCUACCAGGCGCUCGGCGGCCACCGCGCGAGCCACAAGCGGAUCAACACCAGCUGCAGCGCCCCCAAGGCCGCGGCCGCCACGGCGACGGCGCCGGAGCCGAGCUCGGAGACGUACGCCUCGCUCGGCGACGGCACCCUCUCCCCCUCGGCCUCGCCGGACUCGGUGGCCACCGCCAUUGGCAACAGCAAGACCAACAAGUCAGCGGCGGAGAAGUUCGGUGGGCAACAAGUCACCGGCGCGUGCUCCGACGACGGCGAGCUAUACGCCAGCUCGAGCGGCAACGUGGAGCUAGAGCUGGAGCAGCACUCGCCGCCGGCGGCCACGGCGUUUCUUGAUCUCAACUUCCCGCCGGCCUCAUCAUCAGAGGUGGCCUGAACCUGAAGCUUGGCCGUGUUAGCUGCACUGAGCCAAGCUUGAUCCGCAAAUCGAGGUGAUCAAUGGCUGUACAGAUUCAAUUCAUUCCAUUCAUUGCAAGCUCCAAGCUUUCCAAGAUCAAUGAGGAAAUUGAGAAGUGAUCAGAGUUUUUUUUCAGGUUAUUCCAAUGUUUUUUUCUUUUUACAUUUUCUUAGUUUUCUCUUAUUUCAAGCGGCUAAACUAAUAAACCUACAAUGAUAAGACCUCAGAGUCACAGUAUCUGAACUAAUUCAGUUAAUAGCUUCUAAGAUUAGAUCAAAGCUACUGUUUUUAGCAA